AUGGCUUUUUGUGGGCGUUGUGAUCGCUGGUUCGGCAGCGAGCACGCCCUAGAGCAGCACAAGGACGACUCGAAUAUGCAUCACAUCUGCUACGAGUGCGACAAGGACUUCGUAUCCGCGAAGGCUCUCGAGCAGCACGAAAUUCAAAGCCCGCGCCAUCCCUCUUGCGAGCGCUGCCGCGUGCUGUUUGACGACUGGGACGACCUGUAUGAGCAUUACGAUGAUGAGCAUCACUACUGCGACAUCUGCAACAGGCUCUUCGAUUCGAGCCGCGGUCUCCACAAUCAUCGUCGCGAGGAGCACGACGAUCGCUACUGCCCGCCCUGCAAGCGCAUGUUCAAAGACGCGAACAGUCUCGACAACCACUGCCGCUCCUCCAUCCACCAGGGCCGGAACAUCGACUGCCCAAUGCGCGGCUGCGAAAAGUCCUUCGUGUCCAACGCGGGCCUCCUCCUCCACCUCGAGUCCGGCGCGUGCGUCUCACGCAUGACGCGCGCGAAGAUCGACCGCAUCAUGGCCAAGUACGACCGCGACAACAUCAUCACGAACCCCUCGCGCCUGAUCCGGGGCUCCGGUCCUGUCGUCGUCGACCAGUGGGCGACCGAGCGCGCGUGGAACGGCUCGCGCUACGAGUGCUACCUAUGCCACCGUACGUAUGCGACACUCCCCGCGCUCAACCAGCAUCUCCGCAGCGCCGCGCACGCCGACAAGAUCUAUCGCUGCCCGCGUGCGCUUUACGGAUGCGGUGCGGAGUUCGGCACGCUGAGCGCGUUCUGCCAGCACGUCGAGAGCGAGCGGUGCGGGGUGCGGCGGUUCCGCGGCGAGGUCGACCGGGUUCUGGAGGCCUUCGGCGAGGAGCGUUUGUUCUAUUUAGGCGGAGAGACGGAGAUCGUGAGGUAG